AUGGUGUUGCGGAGUAGACCGCUUGCAUCUAUUCCAAGAGUGCAAUUCUACUCGUCUAAGGGCAAAUCCAAGGGAAAGACCAGUGGUGAGAAGAAACCAGAACACAAGAAGAUUCCUGUCUGGCAUAAACUCAAGGCGUUAACUAGCUUCACUGCCUCUAGUCUUUUGGUUGUUGGUGGUGUUGGUGUUUCAGGUGUUGUGCUGUAUCUAAUCUUGUCAGAACUGUUUUCGCCAUCAGGUGAUACAAUGUUGUUCAAUAGAGCUGUUACGCUUGUUGAAGAUAACGAGGAAGUUAGGAAACUGUUGCAAUGUAACGAUUCUUCUUUCAAGAAGGAGAGGUUAAAGGCAUAUGGUGAAUUGGUCACUAACGACAGAUGGACGAGAAAUAGACCUAUUGUAUCGACCCAAAAGAUUGACAAAUAUGGAAAAUGCCAUCACUUCAUGAGAUUCCACCUUGAAAGUAAGAAAAAGCUAGGUCUAGUUCAUGUCGAAGCAGUGGAUUCUGAGCAAAAUUACAAACCAAACUUUGUUAGCAUGUAUAUUGAUAUUCCAGGUGAGAAGAGAUUUUACAUAAUCAGGCCAAAACUACGGCAAGUAGUGAGACCCAAAUCGAUUUUUGGUUUCCCAUGGGGAUCAAGGAAAGAAUAA